UUGUUUAAACAUUUUAAUUUUUUAUCAAAAAUGGAUGGACGUAAUUGUGUACACGAUGGUGAUUGUCGCAACAUAUCACCUUCAGAACAGACUACACAAUUGACAAAUGAAGAUUUUAUGAAAAAAAAAACUUUUAAAGAUAAAUUUAUAGUUGCAUGGAAUUUUAUGAUUAACUAUACCCAUGGUAAACAAUUUUUGUUUGAAAAAAAUGCUGGUGAUUCAAUACGUUGGCGUACAGUUGGUAACCAAAUAUACACAAGCACAAUUGCCAAAAUCACAAAUGAUUAUUUAAGCAAAUCAAUUGAAGCAUACACCAAGAGUAUUGCAUAUGCACCACUUGGAUCCAAUGAAUUGUCAUUGGCUUAUGCAAAUCGUUCAGCUGUAUUAUUCAAAGCUAGACUCUAUGAAGAUUGUCUUCUUGACAUUGAACGUUCAUUGAAAAUAGGCUAUCCAGAUAAAUUAAAAACAAAAUUAUUUCUACGUCAAUCAUUGUGCUUCAAAGCCUUGAAACCAGCCUCAGGACUUGAACCAUGUAUUUCAAUGGCAAAUGCAAUGCAAUGGCUUCCUAAUUUAAAAAAAAUUAAUCCAAAAUACGACAUCAUCAAGGAAUAUCCAAAGUUGAUGAAUGAACUUGAUGAACCACGUGAUAAAAAUGUCAUAAUGUUUUUACCAAAAAUAACAAAUAAACAUCCACAAAUUAUUGGUGCUGCUGAUUCAAUUGAAUUGAAAACUUUUAAAAAUAAUCAACAAUACAUGAUUGCAUCAAGAGACAUUAAAGCUGGUGAAUUUAUUUAUGUUGACAAGCCAUUUGAAAUGAUUGUUAGCAUCGAAAAACGUCAUGUCUACUGUUGGCAUUGUUGUCUUGAAACAGUGGCUGGUGUACCAUGUGACAAAUGUCCACAAAUUAUUUAUUGUUCAAAUAAAUGUAAAGAUGCAGCAUGGCAUGAAUAUCAUGACAUUGAAUGUCCAUUUUUAAAUGUCGUUGUCAAUUCACCCUAUAAAACCGAACAUCUUGUUGCAUUAAGAGCUUUAAUUAAGUCACUCAAAGCCACUGCUGGUGGUCUUGUUGAAUUAAAAGAAAAAAUUAAUAAAAUUGAUUCAAUGAAAGACAAAAGAAUGAUAAUGACAAAUGGUAAACUUGAUUUUAAUACUAUUGAUAAUUUUCUUCGUCUUGAUUUUUGGAAACCAACAUCAGAAUUUUGUACAUACACAUAUGGAUCACUUGCUGUAAUGACUGUUGCCAUAUUUGGCUUUCAGACAAAUGUACUUGGUAAAAAUAAUACAGUCAAAGAAAUUUAUGCAAAUGAUAAGGCAAUUAUUUUGGGAGAAUUAGUCAUGAGAUAUUUGAUGGCUGCUCAAUAUAAUUGUUCAUUUUUUUCUGGAAAAAUACCAACAAUACUUGAACCGGGGUCACUCGGAGUGGUUCAACCAAUUCAUAAUUUAUUUAAACAUAGCUGUGAUGCAAAUGUUGGUGGAAUCAGCUAUGCAGCUGGUACAAUUCUUGGAUAUUUAGUUGAAAAACCUAUUAAAAAAGGAAAAUUGAUAACUGAUAAUUCUGGUAUGCGUUAUGAAGAAUUUCCAAAAUCAAUGAGACUCGACGGAGUAAAACGAAGUCCUGAUGGAAUAAAGCUACCAUGUGAUUGUAGAGCGUGUGUUGAAAAUUUACCAAUGUUGUUGAGUCUUCCAUCUUAUCAAAGUUUGGACUUGCCACGAACAAUCAAGCUUGAAUUGAGUCUUCUUGAGGUGAUGGCACAUCAAUGGGAUGAUGUAUUCAACAAAAAAGAUCGUAAAAAAAUGUUGGAAAUUAAAGAUUCUUGGAGCCAAAUGACUAAUACAUUUCAUCAACAUAUUUCUGUUCCAUGCAGAGAAACAUCUGAAUUUUCCAUGUAUUUGGCAUUGAUUUAUCGUCAAAUCGGUAUCACUCCUUCAAUUCUCAAUUAA